AUGGCCAACCCAGCCACACACCCAAACUGCCCCCUAAGAACAUGGGUAGCCCCAAGCCACAGCCUGCCCCUCCAAGAACAAGGGCAGCCGCACACACAGCCUGACCGCCAAGACCAAGGUCAAACGCUCACCGAGCCUGCCACCCCCAGACAAAGGGCAGCCGCUCACACAGCCUGCGUCCCGCAAGACCAAGGUCAGCCGCUCAGCCAGCCUGCCACCCCAAGACCAAGGACAGCCGCUCACACAGCCGGCUCCCCCAAGACCAAGGUCAGCUCCAGACACAGCCUGCCCCCCCACACCAAGGGCAUCUCCUGCACAGCCGGCCCCCAACUCCAAGGGCAGCCCCUGUUCGGUCUGCAACCUAAACCAAGCGCAGCCCCUGCUCGGCCUGCAUCCCAAACAAAGGGCAGCUCCACACCAGCCUGCCCCCAAAAGACCAAUCGCAGACCCACGCGCAGCCUUCCCCCACAAGACCAAAGUCUGCCACACGCACAGCCUGACUCCACCAAGGUCUGCCCCACGCAGAGCCUGCCCCCGCAAGACAAGCCGCAGCCCCACCCACAGCCUUUCCUGCCAAGACCAGCUGCAGCCCCACUCACAGCCUGCACUCACCAAGGCUAUCUGCAGCCCCAGGCAGAGCCUGCACCCCCAAAACCAGCCGCAGCCAGACGCACAGCCUGGUCCCCCAACCGCAGCCCCACGCACAGCCUGAUCCCCCAAUACCAAGAAUAG